GAGAGAGAGCGAGAUACUGAAGCAAUCCAAGAGAUACGAUUCGAAAAAGAGAUACAGCGCUACUUGGCUAUUGGAGUCGUAUAAAAUAAGUGUGUCCACGUUACGCCCCAUCAUUGGAACUCCUCGGCUUGACCAUGUACCUCUGUCGACAACUCUGGCUGCUCUUGCUCUGGCUCUGCUUCGCGUUUCUCAGCGUGCAUGGCAUGCCAUGGAAAUGGGGACCUGCCUCGAAUUCUGGACCCCAUGGCGGACCAGCCUGGAAUGGCGGAGAAGAUUCCACUGACAAUAUAGUCAUCUAUUCGAAAAACACCGGCAAGUGGCGUUACUGAUUUUAACCUAGUGGUAGGGGCGUGACCACAACCGAGUCUAGCUGCACUUUACAGUAAAUCAUAUGAAUAAUUUUACAACUAUUUUGCUUUGCAAUUGUUUUCCGCCGAACCGUACUCAACUUUUAUGCAAAUACUUCAUUCAUUGUCAUACUCAAUUAAAUAUAGUCGCUUCAGUUGUAUACCUAUGUGUCUCUGACAUAUAACUAAAAACAUACGCAUUACUUUACACCCAAAAUUAUUCCACGAGAUUAAAGCCUUACAUUAAAGUUUUUUAAAUAAAUGUUUGAAAGUUUCCAUCAGUUAAGCUCUGCCAAUAUUCCAAAUAAAUGAAAUAAUGAAUACAAAAUAAAUACAUAAUAAAUACAAAUAAAUGAAUACAAAAUAAUAAAUAUAUACAAAUAUAUUAUAAAAGUUCUAAAACAAAGUAAAUUAUUUUUUAAAUAGAGCUUGUGUAAUAAAAACUACAAAACUGAUAAGCCUUCGGCUUAAUUGAUAAGUA